AUGGUGAAGGUGACAAAGGAGGAGCUGAGCGAUAAGGGGCUGGAGGAAUUCCUUUCUGACGAUAGUGAUGAGGGGAAUGAAGCAAUGUUAAAUAAAAAAUAUGCAGAAAAAGAAGCUUUAAUAACGUUAGAAACCAGAUUUCCUCAAAUCAUUACAAUAUUAGGUAUACCAAAAGUUGAGGAGGAAAAGCAUAGUAGGUUAGCGGAAGUUUUAAAGAAAUUAUUUAUUCGACACUUAAGUGCAAAGAUUAGUGAUUCGUCUCUUAUGAAUAUAAAAAUAUAUAUGCCAACAGAUGAAGAGAAGAAAACAAAAGGGAUUUGUUUCGUAUCAUUUAAUGAUAGUUUUCAAGCAAAUGAAGCAGUAAAGAUAUUAAAUAAAUUAAAGCUGGAUGCAAAACAUGUAUUAACAGCAUCUAAAAUGGAUGAUAUAGAGAAUAUUAUAAAUCGAGAUGAACAUGUAAUGCCCAUUAAUGUAGUUGGAUUUACAAGAGAAAAGAUAAGAUGGUGGUUAUAUGAUGAAAAAUGUAGAGAGCAGUUUAUUGUUAGAUAUGAUAGUCAUUUUGAAGUACAUUGGUUUGAUCCAUUAGAAAAAGAACCGCAGUUAAUAUAUACCACUUUUAAGAAAAAUGCACCAUUUUCAAGUGUCCAAUGGAGUAACCAAGGAUCGUACUUAGUGAGUUUCCAUAACCCAGGUAUAGCACUAUGGGGUGGUGAUAAUUUUGAAAAAUUAAUUAGAUUACAACAUAAAAGUGUAAAAGAAAUUAGUUUUUCGCCAAAUGAAAAUUAUGUAUUAACAUGGGAUGGUACUCCUGCUUCUUUACGAAAUGAAAAAUCUAUAUGUAUAUGGAGGGUAAUAACAGGAAAAUUACUUCGUUCCUUUAUAACACCAGAAUAUAGUCCAAGAGAAAAAAAUUUUCCAUACUUUUUAUGGAGUCCAGAUGAUAAAUAUAUUGCUUGUGUAGGUAAACAAAAAGAAGUAUACGUAUAUGAAUUACCAUCUAUGUUAUUAUUAGAAGAUCAAGAAAAAAAAAGAAUUCCUUUAAAAUAUUCUAUGGUAAAAGAAUUUGAUUGGUCACCAGUAGAUAAUAUUAUUUCUAUUUGGAUGCCUGGCACAACAAGUAUACCAGGUACUUUAACUUUUGUAGAAAUACCAUCAAGAAAAGAAUUAGUGUCUAGAAAAAUUUAUGAUGUUAGUCAGGCAUCUAUCCAUUGGCAAAGUAAAGGAGAUUACUUAUGUCUUAAAACAACCAUUGAAAAAAAAAUUAGUAAAAAAAAUAAAAAAGAAUUUACACAAUUAGAAAUUUUCCGCUUAAGAGAAAAAAAUAUACCUGUUGAUAAUAUUCAAAUUGAAGGAGUUAAGACUAAACAAUUUCAUUGGGAAGAGUCAAAUAGUAACAGAUUUGCUCUAAUUGUUCGAGAUGAAAAUACAAGUAAACAACAAAUCAGAUUUUAUAAAAUUUCAAAUAAAGGAACUGCUAGAAAUGCUAAAUGGACAAGUACAUUCGAUAUUAAUAGUCAAAUGAACUUUAUGCGUUGGUCACCUCAAGGUGCAUAUUUUAUUCUAGCUUCCCUAGCAUCGGAAGGGAUGUUAUAUUUCUGUGUUUUGAAUACAAAUGAUGAAGUAGAAGUAAUACAUAAGGAUGAACACUUGUUAGUCAGUUCAUUAGCAUGGAGUAAUUGUGGUAGAUAUUUGGUUACCUCCGUGUCUAAUGCUGCUAAUGCUUCGAGCUCAAACUAUAGAGAGGAAAAUAGUGAAGCAGGUUUUUUUAUUUGGACAUUUCAAGGCAGAUGUCUUAUGACUAUUAAAAAGCCAUCUUUUUAUCAAUUCCUUUUUAGACCUCACCCAAAGUCACUCUUUAGUGAUAAACUUAAAUUAGAUAUUAAGAAUAAUUUAAAGGAUUACUCCAAAAAAUUCGACGUUAUUGAUGAAAAAAUUAGAAUUGCUAAAAGGAAUGAACUACUACUUGAAAGGAAAAAUGUUGAGGAUUCAUUUAAUGAGAAAUUGGACAAAAUUACUAAACUUUUUCAGUCCUUUAAGGAAUAUGAGCAGUUUAAGAAAAACUGGGAAAUAUUUGAAAGCCAGUUUGAGUGGGAGGAGAAAACUGUCGUCAUCGAGCACGUCCUUUCCGUCAAGCAGGAGAUAUUUGCCUAG